UUCCCUUUUACUUUGACACCCUCUUGUAUCUUUUAUUUAAAUAACUAUAUGCUUGACUUAUGGCUGCUAAAGUUUCAAUUUAUAUUUACAUAAUCAGUAAACUGAUAUGAGAAAGAUUGGAUUUUUACUAUUGUAUGUUGAAGUCAUGGAUUGACUCAAGUACUGAUUUUGGAUAAUGGGUCAUGUUGUAUUUUCUGUAUUGAGUUUUUAUUUGUUUUUGUUGGGUUGGUUUUGGGGGGGGGGGGCGAUGUUGAGUUUACUAGAAAGACUAUAUUCUUGACCUGCUGCUAGGUAUUUUAAGUCGAGGGAUGACUUAAAGUUGUGAUUUUGAUGAAUAGGUAAAGUUGUAUUUGUCUAUUGAGUUUUUUCUGAGCAGAUACUUUGGCCAAAAACUCAAAAUUGACCAAUGAGUGAUACUUUAAGAAUUGUAAUAUGUUUUGAUGGUUCCUUUCGGUGAAUGGGUUUCGUUGGUCGCAUGAGGUCUGGCUCCUUACUUGUUAUUGGGUUCUUGAAGUCAAGGAAUGACUUAAAGAUAUGAUUUUGAUGAACGAGUAAAGUUGUAUUUGUCUAUUGAGUACUAGCAGAUACUUUGGCUUGAUUUGGAGUCUUUUUGUUUAAAAACUAACCGAACAAUUAGUGUUGCUCUAAGAGUGGUAGUAGGUUCUAAUGUUUUUAUCUUCUUCCAUGCAUCAGUUUAAAGGGGUUUCCUUGGUUGAAUGAGGUUGACAUCUUUAUGUUGUGUUAUUGGUUCUUAGUGGAAUACCCAAAGAGGGCUGAGCACGUAAGAACCAAUUAUAUUCGCAGUUUUUUCAGUGAUGGAGCUUAUAAAAGAGAUAGAUUGAAUCAUUUGAGCUUGUUACUUAGAUGCUUGUUACUCUUCUUUUUCCAGGUUUUGGGGGUUUUAAGCAAAAAAUUUGUUUGAUAGUACUAGUGUAUUUUGAUGUUGUUUUCUUGAUUUAGCUCCGAACUUUCUACUUCAUACUCCCAGUUGGAAAUAAUUUAUGCAUGAAUCGAACUAAUUGUUCUAUGAGGUAAAUUUGGUACUUGUCUAAAGAGCUUUUCAAUGAUCAUAAAUAUUGUUCCCAAUUAAUUUGGGAUUGCCCCCGGGCUUUGGUCUAGUGUUAAGAGCGUGAUGUGUGGUUUAGAUGCACGUCAUGAGUUUGAACCCCUAGUAUUCAAGUGGAGAAGGGUAGAAAGGCAGGCCCAUUAUCCACUGAGAUUUGAACCAUGCGCUAUUGGUACUUUGGCAUUCUUGGUUAUUAAAACAAGUUUUUUUUUUGGGAUUGAGGCAUAGAUGAUUACUUAGUAAUUGGAUACAAAUGUUAUGGUACUUUCUGGAAAAGCUUGGUUGUCAUGUUUCUGCUUUUGUUUAGCAUUUGCAGGAUGUUAAUUUUUGGUUUUCUUUCAUGUAGUAAUACUAUGCGAUGUUACUAUUUUUUCCAGAUGAUUGGGCUAAUGUAAUAACCUACCAAAAUUCUUCCAUCCACACAAAUUUCUCAGUAUGUACUAAUCUGGGAGUCUCAAGUUCUGAAUUUUAGAUUUAAAUCAUCUUCACUUUGACAACUAGGCUAUGUCAAAGAUAGUCUUUUUGGAGUAUGAUUGUGACACCUGAUUACGUGGAAUUAUCAAUGUGUUAUUCAUUUACACUUCAAUGUGCUUGUCUGUUCAAAAGAAUCUAGUGGAUUUGUUUCUUUGAUUUAACGCUACACUACCCUCCCCAGACCCCACUUGUGGUAUGUUGUUGAUGUUGAUUUCGAAGUAAAGGGAAGAGUGCUUGUUUGUUAUCUACUUUCCUCUCUUCGGUUUUAAUAAUAAGUCAUAUUCUCUGUAAGGAUAUUUAGUAUGCUGGAAGCAAAGGGAAAUUCCCAUGCUUAUUGUGGCAAACAAGAUGAAUUUUCCAGUUUGAUGUAUGCUAAAUUAGGAAAAUGAAUUCACCCUAAAUAGUUGAAUCAAAUACAACAACAACAGCUUAGCUUCAAGGGCUUAAUCCCAAGCUCGAGGGAUUGCACUUGGGAUUUUCAACUCUAGAGAUUCUCUGCAUUUUCUACAAAAAUGGAAGAGGUUGCUAUUUCAUCUUACUUCUCAUGCUUGGAAUAAGUAAAGUUAGUAAUUUCCGAGGGGGAGAUCUUUUUUCUAAUUCCAUCAUAUGUGCUAUAGAUUUAGAAGGCCGUCAUGGUUAGUUGACAGUAAGAGAAUUGCAACAAAAAUUAAGAGUGCAUCAGGUGAUCCUGGAGCGGUGAAUUGGAAGAGCAACCCCACAAAAGCUUGCCCUAACUGCCAGUUUAUCAUUGAUAAUAACGAUGUCAGCAAUGACUGGCCAGGAUUACCCAGAGGUGUAAAAUUUGAUCCAACUGAUCAAGAGAUUAUUUGGCACUUACUUGGAAAAGUCGGAGUUGGCAAUUGGAAUUCCCAUCCUUUUAUUGAUGAGUUCAUUCCAACUGUUGAUGAAGAUGAUGGGAUCUGCUAUACACACCCUCAAAAUUUACCAGGUGUUAAGCAGGACGGAAGUGUCUCGCACUUCUUUCACCGAGCAGUUAAGGCUUAUAAUACAGGAACGCGUAAGCGUAGGAAAAUACAUGGUGAUAAUUUCGGUGAUGUCCGUUGGCAUAAGACUGGUCGGACAAAACCUGUUAUCUUGGAUGGAAUUCAAAGAGGGUGUAAGAAGAUUAUGGUUCUUUAUGUAAGCCCGAUUAAGGGCGGGAAAGCCGAGAAGACAAAUUGGGUGAUGCACCAAUAUCACCUAGGAACUGGGGAAGAUGAAAGGGAAGGGGAAUAUGUUGUGUCUAAAGUAUUUUAUCAGCAGCAGCAGCAGGUCAAGCAAGGUGAAAAAAUUGAAGAAGAAUUGCCCGAGGACUCUGAAUGUCUGGUUGCUAAGGUUGAUCCACAUACCCCCAAGUCUGUGACUCCCGAACCCCCUUGCGGUGAGAGGCUAUCUUCAAGUAUGGAUGCAAGACAGCAAAUUGCCGCUUCUGGCAUCAAUCCCAUUACCCAGUUUCAUGACGUGGAUUACAUAGAAGAUGACAUGAGAGCUCUUCCUGAGCAGACUGAGAAUCAAGAUCAAAUCAUAGAGAACCAAAUUGAUGAAACUGGGACAAAAGUUGAUAACGAGACUGGUGAUGACCCGAAAUGGUGGGAUAGUGAGUCACAGUAUUUGCUAGAUUCUCAGCAACUUGUAGAAGGGCUAUCCUUAUGUGAUGAUCUUCUUGCUAGCCAAUCUCCAAAUAGGGAUGGAAAUGAAAAUGACAAAGAGAACUCUAAACCUAGUCUUGCUGAUUAUGCUCAAUUAGGACCAGAGGAUCUGAAGAAGGAUUUGGAGGAGUGCCAACAUUUGGUUCUUGAUCCAGCCAACAUAGACAUGGACACACCACCUGAUUUUCGACUUAGUCAACUUGAUUUUGGAUCACAGGACAGUUACAUUGCCUGGGGCGGAAGCAAGUUUGGUUUUGAUUCUGGGGAGCACGGUGGUUGAGAUAAGUUGUUGAGACUGCUAAUUGUUGUCAGAUUUUUGUGAAGCUUGUGGUUGAACUAUGUCUGCUGCAAGUUAAUGGAAAUUAAUACUCGACGCAACUUGCUAUUUUGUAAUCCAUGCCCCACAGGGACCUAACGCUUUUUUCAUUGGCCAAUCUGGAUUUUUUGCUUGCUUAACAUUGUACAUAAAUGUUUAUGACUGCAUAUCUUAGGUCUAUUAAUCUACUUCCUAUGCAACUUCACAACUUA